AUGGAAAGCAUUGACAGCUAUCAUGGAAUAGAUGCAAAAGAUCUGAGUUUGGUCCCGGACUUGGAUAGUCUUACAGGAGCGGCGUCAAAAUGGUACAAUCAGCUGAGCCGAACCAAAAUUGCUACUUGGAGAGAUUUGGCGCUGGCUUUCAUGAGACAGUACAAUCAUGUCUUAAAAAUGAUGCCUGACAGAAUAACUUUACAAAAUUUGGAGAAGAAAUCGAACGAAAGCUUUAGACAGUAUGCGCAGAGAUGGAGAGAGGUGGCGGUUCAGGUGCAGCCACCGUUUUUGGAAAAAGAAAUGACAACACUUUAUAUUAGUACAUUGAAAGCCCCGUUCUUCACUCACAUGUUGAGAAGUGCUUCAAAGAAUUUCUCGGAUAUAAUCAUAAACGGUGAAAUGAUUGAGCAUGCUAUUAAAAGUGGAAGAAUAGAUGGAGGGGAGAAAAAUAGAAGGGCAGUCUCGAAGAAAAGAGAAAAUGAAGUGAAUAAUGUAGAUACCUAUAGUAAGUCAAUUACCGUGAAUCAACCAAGGAAAGUGGUUGCUAAUCAACAAGGAUCAUUAAGACAAGAGUCAGGAGCUAAGCAAAAUACUGAGAAGCCCCAGAUCACGCCAAUUCUGAUGUCAUACAAGGAGCUGUAUCAGAAUUUAUUCAAUGCACAUGUUGUUUCUCCUUAUUACUUAAACCCUUUACAACCCCCGUAUCCCAAGUGGUAUGAGAUUGAAAACUAUUGUGAAUUCCACCGUGAAGUAGGACAUGAGAUUCAAAAAUGUGAGGGAUUUAGGGCUCUGGUCCAAAACAUGAUGGAUAACAAAGAGGUGAAGUUUUAUGAAGAAGUGGAGGAUAAAGGAAAUAUAUGCGCAUCAGAGUCGGCAACAAAGACUCCGGAAAUGAAUCAUCCUGUGGUCAUUAUCUCACGCCCUAAGAGUAAUGAGGCUAGGGUUCAGAUAACACCAAAAAUUGUAAUCCAGAAACCAUCAAAUUUCUCAUAUAAGGAUAGCAGAAUGGUGUCGUGGAAUUAUGGGUGCAAUGUGACAAUCCCAAGAAAAGAAGUCGAGAGAAAUCAAGAAAUGGGUUCUUACACGCGCAAUGGGAAAGGAAGGGGUUCUACUAAAGCUCUGCACAUUACUACCCGAUGCAAAGGGUGCACAUUCCCGGGGGUCCUGGUUGAUAAUGGAUCUGCACUAAACGUAUUGCCUUUAUCUACUCUUAAUCAGUUACCAGUGGACAGUUCACACAUGAAAGCAUGCCAGAGCAUAGUAAGGGCAUUUGAUGGAACAGAAAGGAGGGUUAUGGGGAGAAUUGAAGUAUCGUUAAUGAUUGGCCCAACUACUUAUGAGGUGGACUUCUUGAUAAUGGAUAUUAAGCCUUCCUACAACUGUUUGUUGGGGAGACCAUGGAUACACUCAGUCGGGGCAGUACCUUCAUCGCUACAUCAGAAGGUGAAGUUAGUGUUAGAGGGUCGGUUGAUAACAAUAAAUGCAGAGGAAGAUAUCAUCGCAACGUAA